CAAGCGGCUCUUUGCACAAAAUAAAGCAUCAGGAGGCUCUUCUAGCUUCGACUAGUGCAAAAGCCCAAAACCCCAAAUCAGACGGCCACAGAUUUUCUCCUUCCUGAUCAAGUAAAUUGGGGCUUUUCUUUUCCCUCUCAAAUCGUUUCCUCUUCCCUCUCUUUCCUCUCUCGCUCUCAGGCAUCAAGAUUGGUUCAAGCAAGCGAACCCAGAACUUCAUCUCUUUUCCCAGAAAGUUCUUUUCUUUACUGCUCUCUGAUGCACCCGUCUCUCUCUGCGUCUGGUUCACAAUGACAAUGCAUUCAUACCCAUUUCUCUUCUGGACCCUUUUCUUUAUCUUCUUCAACCUCACUUUCCCUCCUUCACUCUCUCACCCACUUCCCCCUCCAACCCCAUCAAACAACAUCACCCUCUUCGGCGACGCCUCCAUUACCCACAACGCCAUUAGUCUCGCUCAGCCGCUCUCCACCUGCCCCAGUACCAACACCUCCGAGGUUCGGGUCGGAGAAGCCUUCUAUUCCAACCCAGUUCGUUUUCUUGACCCCAAAACCAAAGACUUCGCCUCUUUCUUGAGCCGCUUCACUUUCUCGAUCACCCAAUUGUGCUCUUCCGGAGACGGCAUGGCGUUUGUGAUCACCUCUAAUAUGGAGGGUUUCAGCUCCUCAAAAGGGUUCAUGGGUCUCCCCCAAGAUUCGUUCUUUGCUGUGGAAUUUGAUACCAGUUUUGACCCUGUGGUUGAUGACAUUAAUGGGAGCCAUGUUGGUAUUGAUCUCAACACUGUUGAGUCUGUGGCUUCUGUUAAUGCAGGGAUUGAUUUGGUGGGUGGGAAGGAGAUUACUGCUUGGGUUGAGUAUAGAGAUGAUCUGAAGUUGGUUCGGGUUUGGGUCGGGUACUCGUUGGAGAAUAAGCCUCCGAGUCCGGUUAUUGUGGCCCAGAUUGACCUCUCGAAGCAGUUCAAGGAGUUGGUGUAUGUGGGGUUCUGUGCCGCAAAUAGGAAGGGGUCUUCGGCCUACAUUGUUGAUAGUUGGAGGUUCAAGACUUUUAAUGGGUCUCUGCCUUCUGUGAUUCCUAUGGAUUUUUGGGAGGAGCAGGACUGUUUCAUGUGUGGAGAUUCGAGUAUCGACAUCACUUCUGUUCAUGUAAGGAAAACAAGGAUAGUGGUGGAGAUUGCUUUCGGGUUGGUAGGUUUAGCUGCAUUUGUGUUAUCCGUAGGUGCAGUUUUGGUGAUUUGUUGUGUGUGUGCAAAGAGGAGGAAGGGGAGUGGCGGAAGAAGUAGACGAGGGCCGAGUUGUAGAGUUGAGACGAGUAGAGUUCCAAUGAGUUUGUCACUGGCGGAGAUAACAUCAGCUACAAUGGGGUUUGAUAGAAGCAGAAUUGUUGGGGAAGGAGCAACAGCUAAGGUUUACAGAGGGUCUCUGUUAUCUGGUGGAGAAGUGGCAGUCAAAAGGUUCGGAAGGGCUAAUGGGAUUGAUCGUUUGGGUAGUCCUUUUACUACCGAGUUUGCAACAAUGGCAGGGUGUUUGCGGCACAAGAAUUUGGUUCAGCUUCAUGGCUGGUGCUGUGAGGGUAAUGAGCUAGUUCUGGUGUAUGAGUUCAUGCCGAAUGGAAGCCUCAACAAAAUUCUCCACAGAAGCUUCAAUUUGGCUGUUGUCUUAUCUUGGAAGCAAAGACUAAAUAUCGUUCUUGGAGUUGCAUCUGCGCUUGUAUAUCUUCAUGAGGAGUGUGAGAGGCAGAUAAUUCACAGAGAUGUUAAAACUUGUAACAUAAUGCUAGAUGCAGAAUUUAAUGCGAAGCUUGGGGAUUUUGGUCUAGCAGAAGUAUAUGAGCACAGUUCCAUCACAAGAGAAGCGACCAUACCAGCUGGAACAAUGGGAUAUCUUGCUCCUGAAUAUGUUUACUCUGGUGUUCCAACUGUUAAAACCGAUGUCUACAGCUUUGGUGUGGUGGUGUUAGAGGUGGCGACGGGUAGAAAGCCAGUGGAGGAUGAUGGUACAGUGAUUGUUGAUUCAGUUUGGGGCCUGUGGGAAAUGGGGAAACUGAUUGAAGCUGCUGAUUCAACGCUGACUGGAAAGUUUGACAAGGUAGAGAUGGAAAGGAUGCUGAUGACUGGACUUGCUUGUGUGCACCCAAACCAUGUGAAGAGGCCAACAGUUAAAGAAGCUGCAAGGAUAUUACAAGGAGAAGCGCCACUUCCUGUAUUGCCUGCAAGAAAACCUAGGGUGAGCAUUCGACCUGUUUUUCAUGAUGAUACUGAAGAAAUCCGAAAUUUCUGUGCUGGUAGGUUCAGCCUUGAACUUGAUGAUGUACCAUACAUGACCCCCAAGAGCCAAUUUGGCAAUGAUCAGUAGAUCAGAAUAGGCCAAUUUGGCUUAUGAAAGAUGGUGUUUUAGGUUAGCCAAUUUGUUGGAAGUAUCAUUAGAAUGUAUUCAACAUCCUACAGAACUGAAAUACUCAUUGUUUUACAUAACAAGAAGAUAUCAUAUAUCAUUUUUUUUU